GCUCUCUCCAAUAAAGCGCUUUUUGUCCAGGAGGCAGCACUUGAGCGGAUUCCUUGACGUGGAGGCUGUGUACGUCUCUUCAAGGAUUUCAUGAAGACCGAUCAUUGUGAGUUUUGCUUUGAGCGAGUGCGCACACGAGACAGAACAACUUAGAGAGUUGGAUUAAACUUUGUUCAUUACUUUACGCUACACUGGGAUAACGACACGGGGGUGUGAGCGACUGUCUGCGCUCACAACUGCUGAGGCUGAAGUAAAGGAAAAGAAAAGGUGGAGCCAAAGUAAGGAGAACUUCUCUAUUGGGCUGUGCAGGGAGAGACUGCACCAUGAAGGGCUUUCUCACUCCCCUCAUGCCCGUUCUCCUUGUCCUGCUUCAUCCUGACUCCAGCUUCUCCAACACCUGCCCCAAAGACUGCACAUGCUCCCCCGUGGACUCGACCAUGUGCUACCUGAGACGCUCCUCUUCCAUCCCCACUGGAGUCUCCCCAUUGACAAAAAACCUCUACCUUUUCUCCAAUGGCAUCGAGAGUUUAAACACAGAUGACUUUCGUGGUAUGGAGAUCUUGGAGAUGCUUGAUCUCAGUCAAAACAAACUUACAGAACUUCCAGAUAGCGUUUUCGAGCCUCUGUUCUCUUUAAAAAACCUUGACUUGUCAUCCAAUCAGAUAUCCUACAUUUCUGAGAAGUCUUUUCAAGGACUGGUACUGCUGGAGCGUCUGUACAUAUAUAGUAAUCAUAUAAAGGCCAUCCACCCUGCUGCGUUUAACAGUAUGGAGCACCUUCUGGAGUUAAAGCUACAGGGAAACAUGCUAACAUCCAUUCCAACUCUUGCCAUGCCACGAUUACUUCUUCUGGAUCUCCGCUUUAACCACUUGCCCACCCUUGGACCAUCAGAUAUCCAGAUGCCCAACCUUGAGUCUCUUAAACUUGGUGGAGUUGGACUCACAAAACUAGAUGCAGAGUUGAUAAGUAAUCUGAAAAACCUUCAUGAAUUGGACCUGUCCGGAAACCAGCUUGAGACAUUUCCUCCAGUGCUAAAAGAAACCCAUGCACUGAUUCAUCUCAAUCUAGCCAACAACCCCAUGGGUCCUCUAAAUAUUCAAGACUUACAAAACCUUAGUGAGUUGCAGGAGCUGGACAUCAGCACCCUCAGUUUGCAAAGUCUCCCUGAAGAAUUUUCUCAAUAUUUUCCUCACCUUAGAAAACUCACAAUUGCAGAGAACCCGUUUAACUGUCUGUGCACACUGGCCUGGUUCCCAAGAUGGCUGAGGGCCCAGGGUGUCAUGCUGGAGAAGACGGAGGAAACACGUUGUCACUUCCCACCCAUUAUUGGUGGAAAAGUGUUAGAGAGACUUGACCAUCGUGAUUUUGGUUGUCCUACCACAACUACAGUCACCACGACUACAGCGAAAACAACUACUUCCAAGCCUGUUCCUGUCACUACAGCAUCCAGUACUACGAGGGCUGCACCACGUCCUGGGGAGAGUGAAAAGCCUGAGGUGAAAGACAAUGAUGACACUCCCUUACCUCCAAUCAUCCCCUCCCCUGGCACCAAGGAGGAGCCCGAGGAGGAGACACACUUCUGCCCAUCAGACACCUGCUUGAAUGGGGGGACCUGUCUCUUGGGUGGAACAGGACAGGUAGAGUGCAUGUGUCCUCGUGGGUUUACGGGUUCAUAUUGUGAGAUCUAUAACAAGCCUGCACCUCCACCUGAACGAGUGGAUCCCCAGCCAACUGUAACAGUGGACACACCAGACAUCAGCUCACACCAUGCUACUCCAACGUCCAUCCUGUUGGAUCUUCAUCGGUACUUUGAAUUGAGGCCUAAAACGCGCGCUAUUCGACUGACUUAUCGCAACCUGUCAGGACCAGAUCGCAGGCCAAUGCAACUCAAUUUGCCGGCGUCUCAUCCAGAAUAUGUUCUCAGAGGUCUGAAACCCAACUCCACCUAUGCGGUCUGUGCCAGUCCUCUCGGAGCACCUACUGGAACAGAUAAAGUGUGCAUAGAGGCUCAAACAACUCCUGAAAACAAUUUCUACAAACAGACAUACCCAGAAAAAGAACUUACCACUAUGAUAAUUCCAGCUAUUGCCAUCUUGCUUCUUCUUGUACUGGUGGCAAUUGCAGUGGGGGUCAUGUGCUAUUUACGAAAGAAGAGAGCUAAGGGUCACCUAGAACUGGAGUGUGAGCCCUCUCAGCUUGAACUGGAUGGAGUGAAGACUAGUGUGGACAAUGGGGCACUACCUCAGAAGCAGCCACAGAUUAUGAUCCCAGAACCGGCCGUCCAGAAUGGCAAUGUGGAAUAUGAGGUGUUACUACUACAAGACCACUGUACAUCAAAUAACAAUAUGGCGUCACACAAGCCAUCCUACUUUUGACAAAUGCUGGAACUGCUCAGAGUAUAAGGAUUACAAUAUGUAAGCUACCUUUUCAAACAAGGUGUUAACAGUUCACAAUCAACUGCUGUGAAAGACCAGUGUCUGAACUGUACACAUUAAGGUAUAUAUUUGUCUAAGCAGACAUUAAAUACAGUCAGCAGCUUACUUCUUCUCUUACAAACAUGGACUGCUGUGGCAUCAGUAGAGCUGAAGGGACAGAUGAAUACUGCCAGGAGCUGUACUGAGUAUGUAAGGAUAUAGAUACUGUGGGUCCAUAUGGAGUGCACUAAAGAGGGCUGUGCUGCUGUGCUGCCUUUUAAUGAAAGCCCCAUUUUAAGUACUAUCAGCGUUAUGCUGUGUUCUGAAACCGUUUAGUACUACCCUAAAGGGAGCAGUGCUUGCUGUGAAUAUAAUGCCAAAUGAAGUCAUGCAGAGAACAUAAUUGAUGCUCAUGUUACUUUAUUUGGAUGUGUUGUUUUUAUGUUGUUUAUUAUUGUACAAAACUUAAUGACUGUUAAUUAUGCCCUAUACCCACUACCUUCUCUUAAUGUAGCUAACACAUAAAGUGGCAGACUAAAAUCUUUGAGGAUUAAAACUCAUUUGGUACGAGUCAAAAGGCUUUGUACGUAGAAUAUCAGACAGUCUAAGUCGAUGUGUCUCGACACUCAAAACUAAAUCUCUUUUUCACUCUCAAACUCAGUCCUUUGUUUGUACAAUGUGCAUGAAUGACUGAAACUGACUGAACAACUCUUAUUCCUUUAAUUUGAAAGUCUUUUUUCAAGCAGUACACAUGUUAUUGUCUUAUACUUAAUUUAUUGAGUUGUAAUUUCUCACUCUGCACUUACUGUGACUAUGAAUACUUCACUACAUCUAUUUUCUGACCAAGUUUUAUUGUAGAGGCAGGCUCCAGCGAUCCAAGGAUAAGGGCCUGAGCUCUACUCAAAGUAACCUUUUGUGUGUACAUGACCUGUAGAUACUCCAUCUUCAGUGAUAAUGCAUGUUCUGUCUUGUGUAUAGACCUGCAGACAUCAGGUUACCAUCAGCCCAGCCCCCACUGCCCCCUGUGCCCACAUGCCUCAGAGGAAGAUUAGACUGCUAGAACACACAUCCAAAUGCCAUGGAUUUUGUCUUUCACUCGAGUCUUAGAAAUCCUAAAUAACUGAGACUGGAUUUUAUUUUCUGUAUACAUACAUUGAAGAACAUUUUCAAUGUGGCUGUUAAUUUUCCCUAUUACUUUUGGGAAGUAUCUUACAAUUAACUGUUUUUGUACUUGUAUUUUGUGACACUUUGUACAAAAUGUGAUAUCAUUAAAUGAAUAUCA